AUGGCUAGAACCAAGCAAACAGCAAGAAAGUCUACAGGUGGUAAGGCCCCAAGAAAGCAGCUCGCUUCCAAGGCCGCCAGAAAGUCCGCCCCAUCCACCGGUGGUGUCAAGAAGCCUCACAGAUACAAGCCAGGUACUGUCGCGCUGAGAGAAAUCAGAAGAUUCCAGAAGUCUACUGAGCUUUUGAUCAGAAAGCUGCCUUUCCAGAGACUGGUCAGAGAGAUCGCACAGGACUUCAAGACCGACCUGCGUUUCCAGUCGUCCGCCAUCGGUGCGCUGCAGGAAUCCGUCGAGGCCUACCUGGUGUCGCUGUUCGAAGACACCAACUUGGCUGCCAUUCACGCCAAGCGUGUCACUAUCCAGAAGAAGGACAUCAAGCUGGCCAGAAGAUUGAGAGGCGAAAGAUCUUAG